CAAAUAUAAAACUCUCGCUUUCUUCAUCAUCUCUUUCUCCGGUUGCCGCACCUGCUUCGCUUCUCCUCUCUCGCUCUCUACUCAGGACUCGUUUACUCUUUCAAAGCUAAGCUUUCAAGAUGCAAAACGAAGAGGGUCAGGUCACUGAGCUUUACAUUCCUAGGAAAUGUUCUGCUACUAACCGGUUGAUCACAUCCAAGGAUCAUGCCUCUGUUCAGCUCAACAUUGGUCAUUUAGAUGCUAAUGGCUUGUACACCGGACAGUUCACAACCUUUGCUCUCUGCGGUUUUGUCCGUGCUCAGGGAGACGCUGACAGUGGUGUCGACAGGUUGUGGCAGAAGAAGAAGGUUGAAGCCAAACAAAACUAAGAGCUUAAUCUGUCUUGUUUUUUGUCGAAUCUUGUUUUUUUUUUUCCGAAAGAUUGCCUCAUACUGAAGUAAUGAUUUUGGCUUUGGGUCGUGGAACUUAACUUAAAUGCUUUUGUGCACCAUGUCUUCUAAUUUUUCACCAGUUCGAUAUAGUAUCUCCAGUUUCUCGACCUUUUUAUCAUUCUGAGGUGUUAGUCUUUAGAGUUCGAAUCGGAAUGAAUAAGCGUUAUUACCCCCUUAAUUAUCAUUUUGGGAAGAUACUUUAAUUCAUAUUUACAAAUUACAAUACACCUUUUUUUCUUCUU